UGCAACUGUAACGUCGACAGGUUGCUUUAACAUGUUGAAAUAUACAAUAUUACUGGUGCUUGUUGCACUAGCACAUACAGAUGAUACUACUGACGAAGGAAAAAAUGGAGCUAAACUACAACAAGAACCCUGCAUCAUAGAUGUCACUGUGAACGCUGACCAACAACCCCUCGUGGUCAACGCAAACUUUUCUUUUCCCCGUCCAACCGACCUUGGUAACCCGAGUAUUGAGUUUGCUCCUGGAGCUCAAUUCUGGAUUGCAUGCCCGGGUGGUGAAUUCACAGACGAUCUGAAUGCAAAUGGAGAAUUAAUGACAUGUCAAGGUGAUACCAACAUUACCACUACAAAUGGCCAAGUUUUUGACUACAACACCAUUCUCUGUAACCAGAAUGAAACUGGAAUACCUAUUUUGUAUGACUAUAUUCAUAACAGCGAAGGAUGCGAAGGUGGAAAUACCCUAAUUGAUGUGGGUUAUGUAAUAGACAUUACGUUUCUACCGGUACACAGCAUUUGUUUUGACAUUGAUACACUGACUCCACUAUACACCAAAGAAAAAUUAACUCCUUGGGCUGCACUGAGCAAAAUCCCCGGUCCAAAUGCGUUUGUAGUGUCCACGAUUUAUGGUGAAAUAAACAUAGAGAAUUUAUAUGUCAAUAUUAACAACGCUCUUGCUUAUUUGGGUUUCGACUCCGACAACAUUUUAACGAAAGGGCAACUUGCCCCCAGUGGCGAUUUUCUGUAUAAGAGUCAAAAAGAUGCUACAUUUUAUUACCCCAACGUUGCCCCCCAGUGGAAAAGUAUUAACGAAGGAAAUUGGGCAAUCGUGAACGAAGUAAUUGCGAAUUUAACGUAUCAGAACGCAACAGAUGCAGUCGUUAUAAAUGGAGUGUUAAAUGUUCUCAAUGUGAAACAAAAUGGCGUUAUGGCGCCAUUAUAUUUGCUUCCGGGUACUCUUCAAAUACCUGUUCCAGAGUUUUUUUGGAAGUUGGUUUAUUACCCUGAGGAACUUAAAGAGCUUUUCUUUUUUGGACUUAAUCAUCCCAAUCCAGACGCCGAGCUCUUAGGAAAGUUCACCGAAGAAAUAUGUGGAGAAGACCUAUUUUCGAUACAUCAACAUGCAUGGGGAUUGGAUGCAGUUAACAAUAACGAUUCGUCGUUGGGGAUUAUUUAUAUAUGUAAUGGGUAUUAUUUAAAUGAUCCACUGAUAAAGGAGAUUGCAGAAAAUGAAGAACGGAAGAUGUAUGGUGUAACUGCUUCUGAGGUGUCAGGGUGAACUUAAAAAAAAAAAUGAUGAAAAUAAAAGUGUGUCAAACAAAAGAAUAAAAUUGUAACGAUGA